CGCGCCCAGCUCGCAGCCCGCCGGGCAGCCCGGGAAGACAGCCCCCCGAGGACACCCACCCAGCACCCUCACCCGGCCGGGCUCGCACCCUCCCGGAGCACCCCGCCCAGGGCAGUCCCGGCGGGCGGCAUGGAGGCACGGGCCCUGGGCAGCUUCACGGUGUGGGACUACGUGGUGUUCGCGGCGAUGCUGCUGGUGUCGGCCGCCAUCGGCGUGUACUACGCCUUCGCGGGUGCCCGCAGCGCCGGGGACUUCCUGACCGGCGGCCGCAGCCUGUCCGCCGUGCCCGUGGCGCUGUCCCUCACCGCCAGCUUCAUGUCGGCCGUCACGGUGCUCGGCACCCCGGCCGAGGUCUACCGCUUCGGGUCCGUGUUCUGCAUGUUCGCGGGCACCUACCUGCUGGUCGUGCUGCUCAGCGCGGAGCUCUUCCUGCCCGUCUUCUACAAGCUGGGGGUCACCAGCACCUACGAGUAUUUAGAGCUUCGAUUUAACAGAUAUGUUCGUCUCUGUGGAACAGUCCUCUUCAUUGUUCAAACAAUUCUGUAUACUGGGAUUGUUAUUUAUGCCCCUGCUCUGGCUCUGAAUCAAGUCACAGGAUUUGACCUAUGGGGUGCAGUAGUAGCAACAGGGGUGGUCUGCACAUUCUACUGCACGUUGGGUGGUCUUAAAGCAGUUAUCUGGACAGAUGUUUUUCAAGUUGGCAUCAUGGUGGCUGGAUUUGCAUCUGUGAUUAUACAGGCUACACUGGUUCAAGGUGGAAUCAACACGAUUAUAAAUGAUGCCUAUAAAGGGGGAAGAUUAAAUUUCUGGAAUUUUGACCCUAACCCCUUGCAAAGGCACACAUUCUGGACAAUUAUUAUAGGAGGGACCUUCACAUGGACCAGCAUCUAUGGUGUCAACCAGUCACAAGUGCAGAGAUACAUUUCCUGUAAAAGCAGAUUCCAGGCAAAACUGUCUCUCUACAUCAAUCUUCUGGGACUCUGGCUAAUCCUCGCCUGCUCAGUGUUAUGUGGACUGGCUUUAUACUCUCGGUACCAUGACUGCGAUCCCUGGACAGACAAGAAAGUGUCUGCACCUGACCAGCUCAUGCCUUACUUGGUGCUGGACAUUCUGCAGGACUACCCCGGAGUUCCUGGGCUUUUUGUGGCCUGUGCCUACAGUGGCACCCUCAGCACUGUGUCCUCCAGUAUCAACGCCUUAGCAGCAGUGACCGUGGAGGAUCUGAUCAAACCUCGCUUCAGAUCGCUUUCAGAGAGGUCUCUCUCUUGGAUUUCCCAAGGAAUGAGUGUGCUGUUUGGGGCCCUGUGCAUUGCAAUGGCUGCACUGGCAUCACUGAUGGGAGCUUUGUUGCAGGCUGCACUCAGCAUCUUUGGCAUGGUUGGUGGACCACUUAUGGGCUUAUUUACAUUGGGCAUUUUGGUUCCCUUUGCCAACUCAAUUGGAGCACUUGUUGGCCUGGUGGCUGGAUUUGCUAUUUCUCUGUGGGUCGGAAUUGGAGCUCAGCUUUAUCCACCACUUCCGGAGAGAACUAUGCCGUUGAACCUGGAGACCUAUGGUUGUAAUAGCACUCACAAUGGGACGGGUUUGAUGACAACCACGGAAAUGCCAUUUUCUACUAGUGCUCUGCAAAUAAGCGAUGUGGAAAGGACUCCGCUGAUGGAUAAUUGGUAUUCUCUGUCAUACCUGUACUUCAGCACUCUUGGCACUUUGGUGACAUUAUUUGUGGGAAUGCUUGUCAGUUUGCCAACAGGAGGAAGAAAACAAAACAUAGAAAGCAAAUUCCUAUUAACCACAGAGGACUUUUUAUCCAAUUUUGACAUUUUUAAGAAAAAAAAGCAGGAUUUAAGCUACAAGUCUCACCCAGUAGAAGACGGUGGGACCGAUAACCCUGCCUUCAGUCACAUUGAGUUGAGCUUCACAGACCAAAGUGACAAGACCAAGGGGACUCGUCUGUGAAGCAGUUCUGAUACUAGAUGAUUUAAAACCACAUCCCAGUUCUAUAUGUUGUUGGAUCCAAUUUAUUUAUUCUUUCUUUUUUUUUUUUUUGUCUGUCAUGGGUGAUAUUUUUUCUUUGUUUUGUUUUGGGAGUGAGGAGAGUAAAUCUUUGUUAAACUCCUGA